UUACUGUCCUAAUCUCAUCAUAGCGCAGACUUUUUCGGUUGGAAUACAGCUCUGCUUUGUUUUUUUUUUGGGGGAAAUACAGCUCUGCUUCACGAUCGUGGGCGAUGGAGGGCUCCGUCCGGUGCUCGGCCAACUACGUUCCACUCAGUCCACUGAGCUUUCUCGAACGCGCCGCUGCUGUGUACGGUGAGCGUGUCUCCGUCAUUCACGGCCAUGUGCGCUACACUUGGAAGGAAACUCGAGAGAGGUGUCUACGCCUGGCGUCCGCCCUUGCGCAUAUGGGAAUAUCUCGUGGUGAUGUGGUUGCUGUUCUUGCUCCUAACAUUCCAUCAAUGUAUGAAUUACAUUUUGGGGUUCCCAUGACUGGUGGGAUUCUGUGCACACUCAACACAAGGCAUGAUUCAGCUAUGCUAUCAGUGCUCCUUGGGCAUUCCGAAGCCAAGGCCAUCUUUGUUGAUUAUCAAUUACUAGAGCUUGGCCAAGGUGCUCUUAGACUUCUCGCCAAGGAUCGAGCUAAUCUUCCGCAUCUUAUCAUACUUUCAGAACCGGAUGAGUCUCUGUCUGCUGAAAACAACUAUGAAACUCUCUUGAGGACUGCUAACCCCCAGUUUACUAUCAAAUGGCCCCUUGACGAGUGUGACCCAAUAUCCCUAAAUUAUACUUCUGGCACGACAUCAAGACCCAAAGGUGUCAUUUAUACUCACAGAGGGGCGUAUUUGAAUGCAAUCGCAUCGGUCCUACUCAAUGAUAUUACUACAAUGCCUGUGUAUCUAUGGACUGUGCCCAUGUUUCACUGCAAUGGGUGGUGUCUCAUUUGGGGUGUAGCAGCUCAGGGUGGCACCAAUAUCUGCUUGAGAAAUGUCUCAGCAAAGGCCAUAUUCAAUGGCAUUUACCUUCAUAAAGUAACCCACAUGGGUGGUGCCCCCACGGUCUUGAACAUGAUCAUCAAUGCUCCACUCAGUGAGCGGAAAUCGCUGCCUGGAAAAGUGACGGUGACAACUGGUGCUGCACCUCCACCCCCGAAAGUUUUGUUCCAGAUGGAAAACCUUGGCUUUCAUGUCAUCCAUUCUUAUGGUCUCACUGAGACCUAUGGCCCAGCAACAGUUUGCACAUGGAAGCCUGAUUGGGAUGCCUUGCCCUCAGAGGAUCGUGCAAAGCUCAAAUCGCGCCAGGGACUUCAACAUCUUUGCAUUGAGGAAUUGGAUGUUAAAGACUCAGUUACAAUGAAGAGUGUGCCAGCUGAUGGAAAAAGCAUAGGUGAGGUAAUGUUUAGAGGCAACACAGUGAUGGGUGGUUACUAUAAAGAUAUUGAUGAAACAAAUAAAGCUUUUGCUGGUGGUUGGUAUCGUUCUGGUGAUCUUGCUGUUAGGCAGGCUGAUGGUUAUAUUAAGCUGAAAGACAGGGCUAAGGACAUAAUCAUCUCGGGUGGGGAAAACAUAAGCACAAUAGAGGUGGAAUCAGUGCUUUAUAACCACCCAGCUGUGCUUGAAGCAGCAGUGGUCGGCCGGUCUGAUGAAUAUUGGGGGGAGACGCCAUGUGCCUUUGUAAAGUUGAAGGACGGUGCUUAUGCUAGCAGUGAAGAGAUCAUUACCUUCUGCCGUGCGAAGUUGCCACAUUAUAUGGCUCCUCGUACGGUCAUCUUUGAGGAGCUUCCAAAGACGUCAACUGGGAAGGUGCAGAAAUUUGUUCUCAGGGACAAGGCGAAGUCCUUGGGUACUAUUUUCAGGAGCGGAGGAACUAUAUGCUAUUAUCUGCAAUGAAGGAUGGAGGAAAUCAUUCAGCUCAUGGUAAGCGUUUGGAGAUGAUGAAGUCUCCUGCUCGGCAUUCACAUGGGUAUGUAUGUGCAUUUUAUUAAACUUGUCAUUAUUUAUUACUCUGAUGUCUGACCUUAUUAUCUUGAGUCAUUUGAACACUUUAAACAUAGUGAGUCAUACGUUUCUUCAAUAUUAACCACAAUGGUGUGACUAUUUCUCUCGUA